CCUCCUCCUCCUCCUCCCCCAUCCCAAUCUCAGCUACACAGCAAUUAUCGUCCGCGUACACUUAAGGUUUCCCAGACCUUCUCGUUAGCAUGUCUACGAGCAACAAAUCUGCCGCCACAGUCAUCGCAAGAGCCGCUAAGGCUGCGUUUGAAGCCUCGCAACUAAUUGCCUCCUCCGAGCGGGUGCAAGCCCUGCAUGAACUGCGCAAUGAGCUUGCAUCUGCAAAAGAGGAUAUUCUGGCCGCGAACAGACGAGACCUUGAGGCAGCACAGCAGGAAGUCAAUGCCGGUCACAUGUCGUCUUCGCUCCUGAAGAGGCUUGACCUCAAUAAAGGGGACAAAUGGGAGUCCAUGCUGCAAGGCGUCAUCGAUGUAGCAAAUCUCCCAGACCCGACGGGCAUCGUCACCUAUGCAUCGGAGCUAGACGACGACCUCGAGCUGUACCGCGUUUCAUGUCCGAUAGGUGUCCUUCUUGUCAUCUUUGAGGCUCGUCCCGAGGUCGUCGUCAACAUCGCCGCUCUGGCGAUCAAGUCAGGCAAUGCGGCGAUCCUCAAAGGUGGGAAGGAGUCGAAUGAGACCUCCCAGCUAUUGUCCAAAGCCAUACAGAGCGCCCUAUCGAAAACGAGCAUUCCGAGCACCUACAUCCAAGCCAUCCAAACCAGAGCGGAGGUCUCCGCCCUCCUAGAGCUCGACCAAUACAUAGACCUCGUUAUCCCUCGAGGAAGCAACAGCCUUGUCCGAAACAUCCAGAACAGUACCAGGAUCCCAGUCAUGGGCCAUGCAGAUGGACUCUGCUCUGUCUUCCUCGACGAGACAGCUGACCUCGACAAGGCUGUGAGGGUUGUCCUAGAUUCGAAGACUGACUACCCAGCCGCGUGCAAUGCAGCUGAGACUCUGAUCGUACACGAGAAGGUCUUGUCAACCGUCUGGCCAGCCGUCGCAAAAGCACUCCUUGACGCAGAUGUGCACUUGCUCUGCGAUUCUCCCACCAUCUCCGCGUUGCAAUCUCUCUCCCCCGCUCCCGCGAAACUCACCUCGCAUGUUCGGACGUCCACACUCGAUUCAUAUACGACCGAGCAUCUCAGCCUCACGCUUUCCGUCAUCGCGCUGCCGUCCUUAUCAGACGCGAUCCGGUUCAUCAACUCACACUCGUCGCACCACACCGACUGCAUCGUCACAGAAGAUCCAGCAGCAGCGUCCGCGUUCUGCCGCGGCGUCGAUUCCGCGGGGACAUUCGUCAACGCAAGCACCCGCUUCGCGGACGGCUUCCGCUUCGGGUUCGGCACGGAGGUGGGUAUCAGCACCGGGCGAAUCCAUGCGCGAGGACCAGUGGGCCUCGAGGGCCUGGUCACGUACAAGUACAUGCUGCGCAGCAAGGGCGAGAAAGGGCACAUCGUAGGCGAGUUCGGGACAGGGGAUGGACAGAAGAGAUAUAAGCAUACGAACAUCGAGGCGAAGACGGUACCAUUUUUGGAGUGAGUAGACUUGACUAGGGUAAUACAUAGUGUAUGUACGACGAACGUGCGAUAGCGGAGCAGAAAGUACCUACCCAGGCAUUAU